AAACUAUAAAAAAGGUAUAAAUAGGCACAGUGUUGUGAAUUAGCACAUUCAAGUAGGCUAUCGCGGGUUGAAAUGAGGGGUUUCGUGAUCCUUUGUCUGUGCGUGUCCGCCAGUCUGGCGCAGGUUGGAAGGUACCAGCCCUUCCAAUUUAGCGCCCCCAAGCGUGUGGUAGCCACCGCUUCGGCGGCUUCGUACGACCCGAGCCGGUACAACCCUGGCAGAUAUGACAACGCGGGUCGCUACGACCCUAGCCGCGACAACUCUGGCAGAUACGUUCCCGACAACUCUGGAGCUUACAAUGGUGACCGUGGAGACCGCGGCUCCGGUGGCGGCUACUACACCGGAUCCAGUGACCGCGGCGGCCCUGGAGGUCAAUACUCUGGCUCCAGUGAUGCUGGCAAAUACACCCCUGAUAAUGGACCUGGCGCAGGUGGUGCUGGUGGCGCCGGUGGUGCUGGCGGCAGCGGCUUCGGAGGUGCGGGUGGCAGAUUCGGCGGAGCCAGCAGCGGCGCGUUCGCAAGCGGGCUUGGAGCUGGCAGCAAGGCUUCCGCCGCUAGCGGCGUCGGUAGCGGGCUAGGCAGUGCCGUCGGCGCUGGCGCCGGCAGAGGCAGUGCUUUCGGUAGCGGCGCGUCAGCCUCCGCUUCCGUCGGUGGCAGCAAAUACAGCGGCUCCGCCAACUCUGGCAACUACGACUACCUGCAUGGCAUCAUCCGCCAGGAGACCGACGUCCAGCCCGACGGAUAUCACUACCUCUACGAAACUGAGAACAAGAUUCUCGCUGAAGAAGCCGGCAAGAUCGAAAAGAUUGACAACGAAAACGAGGGUAUGAAGGUCAAAGGAUUCUUUGAAUACGUUGGCCCUGAUGGUGUCACCUACAGGGUAGACUACACUGCUGAUGAAAACGGCUUCGUUCCCUCCGGCGCUCACAUUCCCAAGUAAAUCUAGUCCCGUCGUACCUAUUUAUACCUCUAGAUGUUAGUUCAUUAUGUUUAAUAAUGUAAGAGAUGCUGUUCGUGUUGAAUCAACUUUAUUAAAAUAAAAAUAAAUAGAUAUUUUGAAUCUCCA